AUGGCUUCGAAACGCAAAGAACUACCCAAAACUUCUGUGCCAGAAGGGGAUACACUGGGAAAGAAUGGCUUGUUCGAGAAGGAGCGUCCAUCUAUUGAACAGGUGGAGACUUAUCAACCGCCAUUCACACCUAAAGAGCAGACACAAAUCCUGAGAAAAGUUGACUGGCGCCUUGUUCCCCUGCUGUCUUUUCUAUAUCUUGUGUCAUUUAUCGACAGAGGAAACUUGGGCAAUGCCAAAGUUGCUGGGCUAGGAGAAGAUCUCCAUCUCUCAGGAAUACAGUAUAACAUAGCUGUGACGUUGUUUUUCAUCCCCUACUCGUUGUUGGAAGUUCCGAGCAAUAUUAUCCUCAAGCUUACUAGGCCAUCAAUUUGGAUCUCGUUGAUGAUGUUUUCUUGGGGACUAGUGAUUACUUUGACAGGAAUCGUUCAGAACUUUUCUGGACUUUUAACAAUUCGUAUAUUCCUUGGGGUGGCAGAAGCCGGCUUCUUCCCUGCAGCAACCUAUCUCCUUACUGUCUGGUAUACCCGCUAUGAAGUCCAGUCUCGAAUGGUAUUCUUUUACGCGGCAGUCUCACUUGCUGGAGCAUUUUCAGGUCUGCUAGCCUAUGCUAUCCAGAUGAUGGAUGGAGUCGCGGGACUGCAAGGCUGGCGAUGGAUUUUCAUCUUGGAAGGCAUAUUCACCGUUUUCCUUUCGUUUUUCAUCUGGUUCCUGCUUCCUGAUAGUCCUAACAUGGCGUCUUUCCUAACUACUAAAGAGCGGGAGUUCAUCAUCCUGAGGCUGGAACAGGAUACGGGUUCUGGACGAGGCAAGGUCACAAACAAUGACAAGGUGAACAAGAGACAAGUCAUAGCUGGUCUCACUGACUGGAAAGUAUGGGCAGCGGUGUUCAUGUACUGGGCUACUAGCAUCUCAUCCUACGGCUUCACCUAUACAGUCCCCACGGUAAUUCUCGAGCUUGGAUAUACAGCUGCAAAUGCCCAACUGCUUACUAUUCCAAUUUAUGUCGUUGCCAUGAUAUUCACCAUCGCAAAUGCCAUGAUUUCGGAUCACUACCAGCAGAGAACUCCAUUUAUACUUUUGGGAGUGUCAGUCGGAAUAGCUGGGUUCUCCGCUUUGUUAGCAAUUCCCCAUCCGCAGCUCCCAGGGCUAACGUAUGGCAUGCUAUUUCUUGCGACAUCAGGAAUAUACAUGUCGCUGGUCCCUACUCUUUGCUUUGUCGCAAACAACCUCGCGCCGUCAUCCAAAAGAGCAGUUGGCAUGGCUCAUCUCAUUUGCAUGGGAAACCUUGGUGGUAUCGCAGGCUCCAACGUCUUUCUCUCACAAGAAGCACCACAUUAUUGGACAGGUUAUGGUUUCUAUUAG